GUUACAUAUAAUGUACACUUGGACGCAAUCCAGAUAAGCGCUAAAAACCGCGUCCACCUUACUUGCACUAUACAUAUACAUAUAUGUGUAUGCCCCAAGAAAUAACAUAAAAGCUACCGCGCGUUAUUUAUAAACCCAGGAUAUACAGCCACAUGUCCAGUAUAGAUUCGCGAGGGAAGAGCACAUCAUAAGACUUGUUCAUCCGACGCUUUCUUCGUCAGGUGUAGUGCCGCUUGUAUCAUUUCCGUUGGGCUCGAGCUUUUUUCGUAUUAUUUUUUAAUACAUUGUGGCAAUGAGUGUCGCUCGCUAAGCUGUUUUCAAUGCGCCGUUUGCAGAAGUAAGACAACUUAUUUUCGUGUACCGAAAUGAGGAAAAAAAUGAAGGACAAGCAUAUCGCAAGUACAGCACAAUACGGUAUUCAUAAAGUGAAGAAUCGUCUCUUCCAUCACAUAUGACAAUGAGCCCUCGAUUAUUCGGCACGCGUCCACAAGCGCGUACAUGUGUACAAUGGACGAAAUUAAAUUUGCGGAAGCCGCUCUCGUACAAAGCUCUACUCUGCGUUGGCGGAGAAGCAUCAUCACCGGUCGCGCGGCUAUUAUACGUGAUAGUCAACGCUCGAUCGGCGUCAUGGCUGGACCACCGCGCGCCAAGGUGCUCUGGUUCGUUUUGCUGUUCUGUCACCGUUUGGCUGCCGCCACGCAGUACACCAACGACGACUCGGAUUACGAUGACUUUGAUUUUUACAAAGACGGCCUGCCGGAGAAACGAGUCGAUAGUACGGCUUAUCGUCGACCCCAACAGGAUGACUUUUACAUGGUUGGCGACUCCGAGCGCGCGGACGAUCCCAACAGACGUUCAAGCAGCGACGCGCUCAGAGAUGAGCCGGCGAUGUCCGACACGUCCAGUAGGAUGAGUUCGCGCGAGUCCACUAACCCGCAAACAAAGUGGCCGUCGGCCGAGCGGGUCUACCGCUACACGAAGCACCGGAUUCCUGGCUACGACUACGAGGAGUUGGACUUUUUGGAGCCGCGGAGCCGUCCAAGGAGAUGCGACGAGCGCUCGGUUUACACGCACUGCCUGUGUCAGUUCACCUGUGCCGAGCCGAACGUCGUCGAUUGUUACACGCCUUGUUCGAGCGGAUGCGAGUGCCGCGAGGAUUACGUUUUUGAUGAGCAGCUGGGCGAAUGCGUCUUGCCCGAACAAUGCCAGCCUGAUGACGAUUACUUGCUGUAUUGACUGAAUCAACCUCGAAUCAUGAUGAGGGGCAUUACUUUUAAUAACGGGUUCUCUGAAUAAUUUCGCUCUCUAUCGAAUUUUAAGAAAAUUUACGUGAUCCCCGAGAAACGAUAUUUUUGACCAUCAAGCACCUACUUGAAGUACUUUUUUUACUGUCUUUUUUUUUUUUUUUUAUAAUAUACUUUACGCUGCUUUUUUUCUUAAUUUAAUCAAC